AGCCGGCUCUUAGUUUCUCCAACGUUUUCAGACCGGACGCUUCACGAAACUGGCCAAGAAAUUCGUUUAGUGUUUGAAAUCAAUCGGAACCACAGGUGGAUGCAUAAAGUGGUUCAAGUUUCUAGAUAACAAAAUGCACUGGCGAUUUGUCAUAGGUUGGCUGGUUCUAGUCAGCUUCAACCGGGAGACUAUCGGAAAAGUAUUCCUAAAUCUAAAACCUAUUCCCAUUCAACAUGAGGAUGAGAGCACCACUGAGGGGUCUACUAAUCCCACACCCUCUACACCAACAACACCCUCGAAUAGGGAUAUUACCGUCGGUCCGUGCAAGUGGGCUAUAGGUCGAAGUUGUCCGGAUCCGGAUGUCAAGUAUUACAUCUAUACGCGACACAAUCCGAUGGACAGGCAGUGCCUCCACAUAGACGAGUCCCUGGAGAAGUCCAACCUGACUGACUCCUACUUUAACCCUCGAUAUCCCACUAAGAUUAUCAUCCACGGCUAUAACUCGGAUAUGUUUUUACAUCCCCUGCAACAGAUGAGAGAAGAAUACCUGGCCAAAGCGGACUACAAUAUCAUAUAUGUGGACUGGAGUAUCCUCUCCCCAGGACCCUGCUACGUAAGUGCCGUUCAUAACACCAAACACGCUGGAACCUGCACAGCACAGUUGGUAGAGCGCCUGGUGGAGACGGGUAAUACGGAUAUCCAUGUGAUAGGCUUCUCACUCGGAGCUCAAGUGCCCAACUACAUAGCCAGGAAUUUGAGUUCGUUCAUGCUGCCAAGGAUUACGGGAUUGGAUCCAGCAAUGCCUCUUUUCAUCACCUCCGGCAAGGCGGAUAAACUGGAUCCCAGUGAUGCCAGCUAUGUGGAUGUCAUACACACAAAUGCAUUGGUCCAGGGAAAAAUGGAGAGAUGUGGCCAUGCGGAUUUUUACAUGAAUGGUGGAAUCAUGCAGCCGGGAUGCAACGGACAGAAAAUAAAUUCCUUUGCCUGCAGUCACCAACGUGCUCCAGCGUACUUCCUCGAAUCCAUCCGCUCACCCAAGGGUUUUUGGGGAUGGGCUUGCAGUGGCUACAUAUCCUACCUCCUGGGAAUGUGUCCUCCCACGAAUUUUUUGCUUGAAGCUGGCGACAAUAUACGGCCCACUACAAGGGGAAUGUUUAUGAUAGACACCAAUGACAGUUCGCCAUUUGCUCUGGGCAAGUGGACGGAUCUGCCCACUUUGGGUGCAAAGCAACCGCAGUGGCGAACUCCGCUCCAAGAACUGAAGGCGCCUCCAAACCAAGGUGUGGAUCCCCUACUGCAUCACAUCGAUCAGUUUGGCAAACUGGCAGCCAACUUCAACAACCUUCAGAUGUGGCCCAGCGAGCACGAUCCCUACGAGCAUUGGACGAGCUUCAGUCCAGAACAGAAAGAGAACGAUGGCGACGGUGACUCUGUGGAAGAGCAGACCCCGGUGGAGUUUGUUGAGCCGGACGACCGCCAGAUAGGCACGCAGGCACGUCCCACACAUAGCUGGUGGGAUUACAGAAGAAAUCUUACAUAUGGAUUCAUGGAGAAUAACAUCUUUGCUGUGCCCACAGUGGACUAGCCCUAUUCGAUGUUUUAAGCUACUUAAAAUCCUUACUUGCCCCCAUUCCUUACUAAUAUAUAAGAGUCUCUUAAGUUUAUAUUCAUAUUUUCAAAUACAUUCGAACAAAAUAAAUUAUGUUUAAAACCUAA